UACACGGUCUGAGUGCACAGCACAACUGCGCUGUUUCUUCUCUCACGGACAAAACAAAGACUUCUGCGCGUAAAGAUGCCGCUUUCAAGCAGCUCCACGUCCUCCACAAAGAGCAUCCGCAGAACUGGAUCCGAGCUGGAGAGGUCUGACUCUGUCACGGUUUACCUCGACUGCAUUGGUGUUCUAAUGCGCAUUUGGAGAUGUAAAGCGCUUCCAUCAAAUAUCCAAAGAGAUGACCAAAAGUCUCAGAGAUUCCACGGCAGGCGGCAGAGCUUGAUCGAGGACGCGCGCAAGGAGAGAGAAGCCGCCGCUGCAGCGGCAGAAGCGGCGGAGGCCACCGAGCAGAUCGUGUUUGAGGAGGACGAUGGAAAGGCUCUGCUCAACGUCUUCUUCUUUUUAAGGAGCUCAAAGACACCGGCUUUGUCGCGGACACUCAAAGUUUUCGAGACAUUUGAAGCUCAUAUUCAUCAUCUGGAGACACGACCACGUCAGAAGCCGAAGGAUAGCCUGGAGGGCCUGGAGUACUUUGUCCGCUGUGAGGUUCACCUGUCAGACGUCAAUACUCUUAUCAGCUCCAUCAAGAGGAACGCAGAGGACGUUAAAACCACCAAAGAAGUCAAAUUUCAUUGGUUCCCAAAGAAAAUUGCAGAUUUGGAUAAAUGUCAUCAUUUGGUCACAAAAUUUGAUCCAGACUUGGAUCAAGACCAUCCUGGUUACACAGACCCUGCUUACAGACAGAGGAGGAGGAUCAUUGGAGACAUCGCCUUCAGAUACAGACACGGGGAGACGAUUCCCAGAGUCGAGUACACAGAGGAGGAGAUUGGCACGUGGAGGGAAGUUUACUCCACCUUGAGGGACUUGUACACCACCCAUGCCUGCAUUGAGUACCUCGAGGCCUUCCGUCUGCUGGAAAGGUAUUGUGGGUACAGUCCAGACAACAUCCCUCAGCUGGAAGAUGUGUCUAACUUCAUCAAAGAGCGUACAGGGUUCAUUCUGCGCCCAGUUGCAGGUCUCCUCUCAGCCAGAGAUUUCCUGGCCAGUUUGGCAUUCCGGGUUUUCCAGUGCACCCAGUACAUCCGACACGCCUCCUCUCCUAUGCACUCCCCAGAGCCUGACUGUGUCCAUGAGCUGUUGGGACAUGUCCCCAUGCUGGCUGACCGCACUUUUGCUCAGUUUUCACAGAACCUCGGCCUGGCAUCACUUGGAGCAUCAGAUGAAGAUAUAGAGAAGCUGUCCACACUGUACUGGUUCACGGUGGAGUAUGGCUUAUGUAAACAGAAUGGGGAGGUGAAAGCUUACGGAGCUGGACUGUUGUCAUCUUAUGGAGAACUUGUGCACUCACUGUCUGAUGAGCCAGAAACGAGGGAGUUUCAUCCUGAGGUUGCGGCAUUGCAGCCCUAUCAGGACCAGACCUACCAGCCUGUCUACUUUGUUUCUGAGAGUUUCUCAGAUGCUAAGGAGAAAUUCAGGGGGUACGUGACCGGAAUCAAGCGUCCCUUCUCGGUGAGGUUCGAUCCAUACACCAGCAGCAUUGAGGUUCUGGACAACCCCCUGAAGAUCCAAGGCUGCCUGGAGGGCGUGAAGGAUGAGCUGAAGAUGCUGACAGAUGCCCUCAGUGUUCUGUCAUGAUGACGUCCCAUCUGUGAACAUGUUGUCUGCUUCCUCUCCGCCCCUCGACCCCUUGAUCAGACCAUUGUGUUCCUCUUUCUGUGCUGUACCUCCAGUCUGAUGCUGUUUCUGAUCAGUUGUUACUUGUUGUUCCUGACUGGUUGGCCGACAAGGUUGCAACCCUUGAAAACACAUGCAAGUGAAGGCAAAGUUUCCAAAGAUGUUUCACUUCUCGCUGGGUUUGUGAAAAGAUGAGAUUUUACUGACAUUUAUGCUUGUGUCAAUGUCUGAACCAAAAAUAAAGGGAACCAUGAUAAUGAAUGUAUUAAAGAUAAUUAAAUGUGUAUGAUAAAGCUGUUUUAAAAUAUAAGAAACACAAUCUAAAAAUAAGGAUAACAUUUAUUUUAAAUCAUGUUUAUUUCAUUUAGAAAAAAAUAACUGCUGUGUAACAACCUGCUGUGUUUCUUUUAACAUAAUUCAGCAUUUGAUUAAACAUUUGCUGAUUCAUUUGUUUUGAUGUUUCUUUUGUCUGACAGUGUAAAUGCAUAAUAAAUAUAAAAACACAGUUUGUCAUGUCAUGUAAUGAUACAUUUGUCUAAAUCAAAAGAAUCAGCCAAAAAUAAAGAGUAUCAAAUUAA